AUGCGGCUACUUUUCCUAUUGCUUUUGGUUGUAAGUUUGAAUUCAAAAUUCCAAAAAAAUGGUUUUUUAAAUUUUUAAAUAAAAUUUUUUUUUUGAAAAAAAAUUAAUUUACUUUCAUUUUUCUACCACACCCAUUCCAGACGACCACCACAGCCUUCAUAGGCAAAAACCGUUUCAACAAGCUACGUAAACUUCAAGUUGACCUAGAUGCCAACGAUAAACACCUCCUCUCAGAAGUGGCAGAACAAUGGUUUACCCAAAAACUAGACCAUUUCAAUGAGACCGAUGAAUAUACGUGGAAACAGAUGUUCUACAGCAACGACGCCUUCUACAAGGACGGAGGACCAGAGUUCCUAAUGAUUGGUGGAGAAGGGCCAGAAAGUCCAGCUUAUAUUGUCAGAGAUGGCAUUCCUUUGGUCGAAUGGGCCAAGAAGCUGAAUGCACGUUUGUGGAUCCUAGAGCAUCGUUUCUAUGGACAAAGUCAUCCCAAACCGUGAGUUCAAAUUUUGACUUACAUCAAAUUAAAAUUAGGUCUAAAUAGAUUAAGUUUGAGGCCUAAAAAUGAAGUUUUAAAGUUGAAAUCAGUGCGGAAUUUGAUAUUAUAGUACCCAAACAACAGAAAACCUAAAAUACCUGACGAGUCAACAAGCCUUGGCUGAUUUGGCCAACUUUAUCAGAUCAAAGAAUGACGAGUUACAACUGACCAACCCAAAAUGGGUCGUAUUUGGAGGAUCUUAUCCUGGAGCUCUGGCUUUGUGGUUCCGAGUACUGUAUCCUGAACUUACAGUAGGAGCUGUCGGGUCAUCAGCCCCACUGGAUAUUCAAAUGGACUUUUAUGGUAUGUUAACUAUAAUUAGUAAUACGCCGGGCCAAAAACCUCAAGCCAAUCAAAAACUUUAGGCCCGAUGCGCCAAAUUUUGCUCAAGCCCGGGAGGAUUCCUAGGUCUAUUACUUCAUGCCAUUUUCAGGUUACCUCAGAGUAUGUCAAGAAGCUUACCGUUCGUAUAGUCAAAAGUGUGCUGACAAUAUCGGCAAAGCCUUCAGGCAUUUGAGACAAUUCAUGGACUUCAAAAGAGGCCGAAGCCGAUUGGAAGACGCCAUGCAUGUGGAGCCAUUAUUCGAAAAACAAAACCUGACAUUCACUGAUCUACAAAACUUUUACGGAAAUGUCUUCGGAAUGUUUCAAGGUGCUGUACAGUACAGUAGAGUCAAUGCUGUCAGUUUGUAACUACUUUGAAAAAACUUUUUCUUAAAUAUAGACCAGAACCUAUAACAAUAUUACCUUAUAUUGGGCUCUUACUCCUUAAAAAUUGAGUUGGUUCGAUCAAAAACCUAGUAUAAUCCAGCUACAAUAAUAUCCUCCUAUUUCAGGGUGGCUAUCCUACAGGAGGAAGUAUUCCAGACGUUUGUAAGAUAAUGGAAGAACCCGUCUUCUCUCCAGUUACCCACCUGAUCAAUGUCCAUAAAUACAUGGUUGAAUUCGAAAGAGAAUCAUCAGAUGUGUUCGACGAUGACUACGAAGGAAUGAUCGAAUAUCUGAAAAACCCAGACUUUGGAAAAUACGGAUAUUAUAGUGGUAGGUUCUUCAAACUCAAUUUUUUAAGAUAAAGGACCAAUAUUAUUUAAAUUUAGCGAUAAAGAGGUCUAAUUUUUGAGUUAACAGCUAGUAAACGGUCUAGUCUACAUGACUAAUCCAAUUUAUGUCCCUGAUUAACCCCAUUUGUACCAUGUUUACCUUUUUGGAAAGAUAACUUACGAUUUAUGAGGCCAUAUCAGCUGGAUCAAUCUGUUUUGGUGCUUGAGAAGCCAUAGAGUCGAUGUUAGUACAGUUUAAAUCGCUCUAAAUAGUUUAAAAAUUAGAUCAAGGAUAAAAAAUAAAUUAAAAACACGUAAAACAACCCUAUAAUUACUAGUAUUCGCAACAUAACUCAUGUUGAGUUCACAAUAUUGCAAGAAAAUAUUUUAUUUAUUUUUUCGUUGAUUAAUAUCGGGCGCAGUUUGGUUAUUAUCUUUUAUUUUGUCUCGCAACGUGAUGGGAUAAUCUUCUUCUUCCAGAGGCUAGCCCAGGCUAAUAUUUUUCUUCCGGUAAUUUAUGUCUCUUCAAAGACUUGUCUGGUAUGAAUAUUUAUAAAUAUAAUUUAUUUACUAAUUUUAAAAAUAACUUUAAAAUUUUAGCCGCCAGAUCCUGGACUUGGCAAACAUGCAACGAAUUUGGAUAUUUCCAAUCAACAGCCUUUGAGACGAACAUCUUCGGAACGGGAACACCAGCUGACUACUACUAUAAUAUGUGUACGGACAUCUUUGGCAAGGAAUACAAUGUUGACUAUGUUAAAGCAGCUACCAGAAGAACUCAAGACUUCUACGGAGAAGCUGAUGAAUACAAUGUGAGGUUUACGACUUGAUUUUUUAUUAUUUUUUUAUGUCAAUAUUUUUAUUUAAUUGCUAUAACAAGAUCAAAAAGAAGCUUUUUAAAGCAUAGAUUAAAAAACUAUACCUACUACAAUAUAUUGAAUUUUACAGGGUACCCACGUAGUUAUUCCCAAUGGUUCCAUUGACCCAUGGCAUGCACUAGGCACCUAUGUCAGCGAUUUUGAAAAAGAUCAGCACGCUUAUCUUAUUACUGGCUCAGCUCACUGUGCCGACAUGAGUGCUCCUGGUCCAAAUGACGUUCCUGGACUUGGUCAGGUUCGGUCAUUAAUUUUCGAAAAGUUACAAGAAUGGACUGGAAACAAAGUUUCUGCUCAUGACAGUGAUUUGAAUAGGACUGACAAGAAAAAGGUUGUUAAAAGUGAGGUUAAAGAGGCUGAGAAGAAGGUGAAGAUGGAGAAGAAGAUGAAAGUGGAAAAGAUUGAUGUGAAAAACGUUUGUUUUGAAUGUGGAGGCAAUGAAAAGGUAACAUAUUUAAUGUUCUAUCAAUUUUCUGAUUUUAAAAAGGAUUUUUUAAUCAAAUUUUACGAAAAAUCGUUGUAAAAUUAGGUAUUAAAAGUUUUAAAAAUAAUAAAAUGAUGUUUAGAGCUUGCCAAAGGUUCAAGAUACGAACAAAAAAUUAAAGUUCAAAGGAGGACGUUACCAAGGAAUGCCAGGACUUUUGGACCAAUCUGAAAAUAUUUUCUUUGCUGAUGACGUUGGCUAUCCAAACAUAUCGGAGUUCAAUCAAAUUGUUGAUCAUUUUGAUGAUAAUAAUGAUCAAACGUUCACUCAAGUAAGCAUACAUUUCAUUUUUUUAAAUUUUAAAAUUGUUGUUACAGUAAUCUAUAUAAAAUUCUUUAAAAAAUGCUACAGUAAGCUUGCUAGAAACAAUACUACUUUUUAGUACUUUUACUUGAACGAGAAGUACUACAAAGAAGGUGGGCCACUGUUUUUGUUUAUUGGCGGAGAAGGACCGCUUGGUACCAAAUAUGCGUAUGAUGAACAAGUACCCUUGGUUAUGCAUGCUAAGGAAGUAAACGCUGCGAUCUACGCUGUAGAACACAGGUACUACGGUGACAGUACGUUGACAAAGUAAGUGUUGUAGACGAGUACUAUAAGUUAUCAUAUUAUCGUUAUGAAUCGAUGACUAUUAGGUUGUUCAAAUAAUCUUGUGCUCCUAUUAAAAGCAAUUUUUUGGGGUUAGAGGGCACAGAAUUAUUUGAGCAGCCUAAUAUGACUUAUUUUAGGAUUGUAAGGGGAUUUUGGAUUAGAGGGAAAGAAGGUGAUGAUUUUUUGUUUUUUGAUACUAAGAGAUGGGGUAUCUAUUGCCAAAGCCUUUUGAUAAAUUUUUUAAUUAUAUUAUAAUCGAAACUUCAGAGACUUGUCAGUACCAAACCUAAAGUACCUGAUUUCACGACAAGCUCUGGAAGAUCUGGCUUACUUUAUAAAGACAAUCAAUGAAGCCAAAGGCUACAAGAACCCUAAAUGGAUCACUUUUGGUGGAUCUUAUGCUGGUGCUUUGUCAGCUUGGUUCAGAAAAUUGUACCCAGACCUAACUGUUGGUACUAUUGGAAGCUCCGGUCCUGUGGAGGCUAAAGUUGACUAUUUUGGUGAGUAGAAAACGCUAAAUUCAAAAAAUUGCUAGGUUUUAUUGCUGUAUAUUGUAUAGGAAUAUUUAUUAUUCAAAACUAUUUUUUAUCGGGUUGAUUAUAGUACAAAAGUUUACUAUGUAAAAAUAUAUUAUAUUUAAAUAGCAGUAAAGACUUUAAACAUUAAUUUAGAGUACAUGCAAGUCGUGGCGAACUCAACAAGCGCUUGCAAGGACAAGAUCAAGGAAGGAAUCGACACGAUUCAGAAGCAGAUCACCAGUGUAGAAGGGCGAAAACUAAUCAAUGAUAAACUUGUGUAAGUCACUAUCGGUAGAGGAUCUGCUAUGCUGAUUUUGAUUUGGGAUGGGAACAGAAAGUAGCCAUGAAAUUUUAUUUGUAACUCGCUUUUCUAUGGCUCUAAAUUGAAUUUAAUAAGUUAUGUUUCAAGUAAAAAGUUGCUGAUAUAUUUUUAUUUUCAGACCAUGCGAUCCACGUAGAAAAUUCGAUGCUGAAUACAUUGAAGCCUACGAUGAGAUGGAAUUCUUCUCUGAUUUGGUUGGUCAGUUCAUGGGUGCAGUUCAAUACAACAAACAUGUGAGUUGACAGAAAGCCACAUUUUUUAAAUAUUUAAAUGGGGUUUACAUUUAGUUUUAUUUUAAAACUGAAAGUUUGUUUAUCACCUAAAAAAGUAUUGGAACCUCUAAAAAUGUACUAUAAUAUAGUAAUGAAAGCUAUCUUUCAGGGUCCAAAGAGUGAAAUCAACCAAAUAUGUAAGAUAUGGAACAAUGACAAUUAUGAUGUAUAUCGCAAGUUCAAACUCAUGAAUCCCUGUUAUGAAUUUGAUUAUCAGUCUACUAUUGAUCAGUUUAGUGAUAUUGAGUUACAUGGCAGGUUCUCGAACACAAGGUUAUGGUUCUGGCAGACUUGUAAUGAAUUUGGAUAUUAUCAGUCAACUGACAUUGGGUAUAACACAUUCGGCAGCAGUGUGCCUGUAAAGUAAGUGAAUUUAAGGUACUAUGUUAUUGUAGAUAUAAAGUUUAGUGACCUAUGAAGGCAUGAUAAGUUUAAAAAAACGUAUAAAAUUUUUUUUGGGUUUACCAUCUUGUUUAUUUCAACCGUUCCACAGGAGUAGAGUUAGUUCAAUACUAUCCUUUACAGCUAUUUCAUUGGCUGGUGUCACCGUGCUUAUGAUUCAGUAUUUACUCGUGACAAGAUAGAGCAAAACAUUAAAGAAACCCAAAAAUUCUACGGUGGAGCCCGUGGCUACAAAGCCACUAAGCAUCUCCACAUUUACCACACAGUAGAUCCAUGGCACGCUCUUGGCUUCUACACUGACAACGAAGAUCACGGUGAAGAUGUGCGAUCGUUCUUAGUCGAUGGAACCUCUCACUGUGCUGACAUGUACUAUCCUAACAAGUACGACCCUGAAGGCCUUAAGGAAGCUAGAAACUUGAUCUUGGAAACUAUCAAGAGAUGGAUUAAGUGA